CGCGGUAAAUCAUGAAACACGAUGGACGAUAAACAUACACAACGAAAAACACUUUUUGUUAGAAACCUGCCGUAUUCGACCACAAAUGAUAAAUUGGAAUCAAUUUUUGCCGACAUAGGACCAAUAAGGCAGUGUUUUGUUGUGACGGAAAAAGGUACCAAGACUUGUAGAGGCUUUGGAUAUGUCAAGUUCUCUCUUUUAGAAGAUGCGGUAAAAGCAAAAGAAUGUAUCAAGUCUUUUGAGGGGAGAAACCUCUUUCUUACUUUUGCCGAUCCUGGACUCAAACAGAAGUGCCGCAAAAAGCCGUCACAUGGCGGUAAGCAGGAAGAUAAAGGAGAGGAGGCGGAAACAGAAGCUGGACAAGAGAAAGAUGAAUCUUCAACAGAGAAAAAUGAUGUUGACAAGAAGGAGGUGAAAAGCCCACCUGUAGAUAAGAGAAACCGCAUUUUCCGAACGGUUGUUGUCAGGGGCUUCGAUUCAUCUCUAACCACAGACCAAGUGGAUGGCUUGUUUAAAUCAGUUAAAGCAAUAGAGCACCUGGAAUAUCCCAGAGAAGAUGGCAAUGACUUUGCAUUGGUUACGUUCAGAAGUGUGAAAGAUGCAAACAGUGCUAUUCGGAAACUACAUGGUAAAAACAUCGCAGGUUACAAACUGUUUGCCGUCCAACAGUCUGGUGACACCGACAAAACACCAAAGCAAGGCAAUAAGAUGGCAAGACUUAUUGUGAGGAAUCUCUCGUUCCAGUGUUCUGAAAGUCAGCUGAAAAAAGCAUUUGAAACCUUUGGGGAAAUAACUGAAGUAAAAAUUCCCGAAAAGCCAGAUGGUAAGAAGUGUGGGUUUGGCUUUGUGCAGUUUGCCGAGGUUGAAGUUGCCAAGGUGGCCAUCGACAAAAUGAACUCCAAACCAAUCGCAGGUCGGCCAGUGGCUGUUGAUUGGGCAAUUCCAAAGGACUUGUUUAUCGCUGCCAGCAAACAAGAUGUUAAGAAAGAACCUACAGCAGUUUCUUCCCCUCAGCAAAAGACACCCAGUAUAAAAAGUGAUGAUGUUCGUGAUGGCUCCAAAUGCGUAAAGACAAAAACUAAAGUGCAGAAAAAUAUUGUGGCUUCAGCUGAUGAGGAUGAUGAUGAUGAUGAUGAUGAUGGUGGCUUGAGUGAGGACGACGAUAAUGAAUUAACUGAUGAUGAGGAAGAUGAAAGUGAUUCUCAGAGUGAAGAAGGAUCUGAAAGUGUUUCUACUGAUGAUCAGGAUAAUGGUUCCACAUCAGAAGAUGAAGGAUUUGAUGAUGAUGAUGAUGAUGAUGAUGAUGAUGAUGAUGAUGAUGAUGAUGAUGAUGAUGAUGAUGAUGAUGAUGAAGAUGAUGAGGUUGGGCAAGAAAAGGAUUUGAAAAAAACAAAAGGAACAAAGAAGACCCCGGCAACACGAAAAACCGAUGUUGAAGAAGGAAGAACUCUGUUUUUGCGAAAUGUUCCGUUUUCAAGCACGACAGAGGAACUGAAGGAUGUGUUCAGUGAAUAUGGAGAUGUGAUGUACUGUAAAGUGGUGAUGGAUCCAAACCACAAGCGACCCAAAGGGACGGCAUUUGUUCAGUUCAAGACAAAGGAAUCUGCAGACAGGUGUUUGAAAAAGGCAGAGGAUUCCACUAAGGAUGGCGGUAUCUCUGUCAGCGGUCGACAGCUGUUGGUGACGUGUGCAGUAAACAAGAACCAAGCGGAGGAAUUGUCAAACAAGAGCAAGAAGAAGAAAGAUAACAAAGACACGAGAAACCUCUACCUGGCUCGGGAAGGAUUAAUUCGGCCAGGGACACAGUCGGCCAAAGGCUUGUCGCAGACUGACCUUGGUAAACGAACUAAGGUGUUCACACAGAUGCGUGAGAAGCUGAAGAACCCGAAUAUCUACGUGUCGUCCACGCGUCUGUCCAUCCAUAACCUACCCACGUCCAUCGAUGACAAGCAGCUGAAGAAAAUAUUUCUACAAGCAGUAGCCGAUAAAAAUUCUGUGUUGAAAGAGUCUCGGAUAAUGCGUGACAUGAAUCGACCGAACCUGAAGGGUGUUGGCAAGUCACGUGGGUUUGGAUUUGUUGAGUUCACCGAACACCAGCACGCACUGAAAGCUCUUCAGACCAUCAACAACAACCCAGACAUCUUCCAUGAUCACCAGAGACCUAUAGUUCAUUUUUCUCUGGAAAAUAAACAAGCCUUGGCUGUGAAGGAAAGAAGAAUGCAGAAACUGAAGCAAAAGCAAGAGAUGAAGAAGAAAACGUCAUCCACAGAUGUUAAAACGAAAUCCGGCGAUGUAAAAAACAUUCGUCACAAACCUGGCAAGUCCGAGGAGGCAUUACUGUUGAAAGAGCAGAACAGGAUCGCCAAGCAACUCUACAAAGGUCCAAAAGGUCUUCCCAAACAUUUCGGGCCCAAAGUGAGGCACAAGACUAGAGCAACGGGUGAAACGAUCGAAGGGAAAACAAAGAAAAUAUCAACACUGAAAACAAGUCUCAAACACAAGCUGGACACCAGUGACAUGAGUAUAGAACCGACUAAAAAGAAGAGAAAACGGGGGAAAUCUGAAGUGAGAGACAAUUUUGACAAACUUGUCAAUAAAUACAAAGAACAGUUUAGUGGUGCCGGAAAUAAACGCAAGUGGUUCGACACUUGAUCGUACAUUCUCUACUCUAAAGCAGGCAUCAUGGGAAGAAACAGGUAUGAGUUCAUUGACUGGAGGCAGAAGUAAACACGAAACAGCUGGUCUACUAACACCUGUGUGUGGCUGCUAGAAGUAUGGCAACCUGGAUUGGUAGAAUGUAUAGUGUGGUGCGAGGACAGGCCUUCUGUGUACAAGGAACUGGGCACGUUGACAGAACUUGGACAGGUUAUUUAUUGGUGUGAAACCAAGUACAUGUGAUGACAGCAGAUGGGAGGGAACCAAUGAAAUGACAAGAUGUUGCGGGGGUUAAGGGGCCUGAUCAUUAUGUACUUAAAUAAAGAAUACAAAUGUCACAUUUUGCAUGAAGUGUCUAUGUGAAUUACGUUUACAAUGCAUUUCAUUUUCAUUUCAACUUAUUUUCGUGUUUUUAUCCAAGUAUGCUUCAAACACGCUGUCCUGGCCACACAACUCAGCUAUCUGGGAUGUCUGUCUUGUUGUUAGUGAGAAAGAAGAUGGUGUAGUGGUCUUACACCUACCCAUUGAGUCGUUAAAACUGACCAUGAGUGGGAGACGGUAAUGGGCUGCAAACCCAGUACCUGCCAGCCUUAUGGCUUAACCAUGAGUGGGAGACGGUAAUGGGCCUGCGAACCCAGUACCUGCCAGCCUUAUGGCUUAACCAUGAGUGGGAGACGGUAAUGGGCUGCGAACCCAGUACCUGCCAGCCUUAUGGCUUAACCAUGAGUGGGAGACGGUAAUGGGCUGCGAACCCAGUACCUGCCAGCCUUAUGGCUUAACCAUGAGUGGGAGACGGUAGCGGGCUGCGAACCCAGUACCUGCCAGCCUUAUGGCUUAACCAUGAUAGCACUGAGGCCGGUUACAGGACAUGUGACAGAUUAGAUCUUAUUACCAUAUGGUUAAAUAUAUCUUGGAACAUAUCAAAGUGAUACGGCCACGCUUGGCAAGUAGGACAUAUCACUUUGACAUCAUCGAUUGAUGCACUACAACCUUACAGGAAGGUCAGCCAAACCAGUUGAAUGAUAUAAAUUAAAAUUGCUACCAUUUCAUAUCAUGUUUAUGUCCCUCCUGAAAUAAUUAUUUCACUAGGGACAUAAAAACAAUACGAAAUGGAAGCUUGUUUAAUAUCCUAUAAAUAUAAUAUCCUAUGUAUUAUGUGAUUUAAUAAUUGUUUUAUUGAAGUCAUGUACCUAGUUUCUAGGAUAUUUACUUUAAAUCAGUGAAAUAAAAUCUUAAUAAAUAAUUCUGAUCUAGACGUGUACAUGUACAUGGACAAACAUUUGUGUUUUAAACCCUCAUCCUCAGAUGUGUAUUUUUGUGCUGGGGUGUCGUUAAACAUUUCUUUAUUCAUUCAUUCAUUCCUAAAAUAAACUGCAUAUUAAUCAAACUAUGAUCACGCAUACCUGUCUAACCAGAAAGGUUAGUUUGUUUUGUUUAACAACACUAAUAGAGCACGUUGAUUUAUUUAUCAUUGGCUAUUGGAUGUCAAACAUUUGGCAAGGAAACACUGCAUUUUUCCAUUAGCAGACAGCACAUAUCACAUUCUUUGAUAUACCAGUUGUGAGGCACUGGUUGGGAUGGGAAAAGACCCAGUUGGAGAAUAGGACUACUAAGAAGGUUCGAUCCUGCGACACAGGCACCUCAGGUGAGCACUCUACCGACUGAGAUAGAUUCCGUCCUAACCAGUGCACCAUGACUGGUAUAUCAAAGGCUGUGGUAUGUGCUGUCUACUUUGUGGGAAAGUGCAUAUAAAAGAUCCCUUGCUACUAAUGGAAAAAUGUAGCGGGUUUUCUCUGAAGACUACAAGUCAAAAUGACCAAAUGUUUGACAUCCAGUAAACCAUGAUCAAUUAAUCCAUGAUCAAUUAAUCGAAGUGCUCUAGUGGUGUUGUUAAACAAAAGAAACUUUAACUUUAGCAUACCUAAGGCUAUGUAAUAAUGUAAAUACUAUCUUUCAUAUUCAGAUUUUCUGUGUCUAUAAAUAGUAAUAAAUGUCUAUUCCCUG